UUGAUUGGUUCAUUCUGUCUUUGUCUGCGAGGCAGCUGAGAAGCUUGUCCUGUUUGAAUGUGCAGGGAUUGGAAGGGACCAUUUCCAUGGACCAUCUGUCUCACAGGCUAGUGAUACAACAAAGGACCCAGGAUGGUGUUAGUACAUGUCGGAUAUUUGGUUCUUCCUGUAUUUGGCUCUGUAAGAAAUAGAGUAUCGAGGCUGGCGCUACAUUCCGCAUUUCUCAGACCUUUGUCCCCCUCCAUUGUGUAGCUAACGAUCAUCUGCUGCUGUCUGCCGUAGCCUCUGCCUGUUCUCUGCAUCUAGCUGUAUUGUGACCCCUUCUUCCUCAUUUCCUCUUUUCAUCUGAAGACGACAUUGGCAUUAAAACAGAGUUCUCCCACUCAUACCGUAUCCUUCUGUGUAACAGACUAAAGAAUAACACCUUCUCUAGAAAACAGUUUGUCUUUAUUUAAACUGUCAUGUUGCUCUUUAGUAAAUAACCCAUUGUAGAGUUAGUCUUAUUACUAUAAAAUGUCAUUGUGAUUUUCUCAUUCAGUGUGGAUAGACUAGAUUCUGCUGUAAAUUUCUGUAAAGUGGAUACAUUUUGACCCCUUGGCCCCCAAUUCGAUUAUAGCCAGGCUUGAUCGAACUUGUGGAUAGCUGUCUCCAGUCACCCCCCCCCCCCUUUAAUCAAAGGUGCGUUUUACCACCUUGCAUUUGUCAGUUGGACCUGCUAGCCUGUUUGAAACAUAAAUCUCACUCAUUCCCCCUCCCAAACGCUACCAUCCUAAUCACAAUUAACCAAUUGGACAGUUACUGGCUGCAAUAAAUCUGCAUUCUAAUUUGCAUGCCUUUAUUUUCCAAACUGAAAAGGCCACUUUCAAUGGUCCACUGUACCUGUUCUAGUGGCUCAAUGGCCAGCAAUAAUCUGUCCGUGUAUACAGGCCUUUGUCUCCUUUAAUUGAAUGAAUCCAUUUAGUUGGUCACAGUGAAUCGGCGAGACUUGACUCGCUGUUUAAAAUUCCCUUUGUGAUCCACUGUCAUGCCAAUCUCCCCAGUCUCUCCACCUCCACAGAAUGCUAUCCAUUUUACAGGGAUGUGUAUAUCCCGCACUGCUGUAGAACUCCUUCUAGAAUCAAAAUGUCUUUAUUCUUUGGUUUUUGGUUUCUCUACCUUAUGUUCUUGUACUAGAACCUAAUGCAUGGUCAUUUUUUUAUUCUUUAUGUUUUCACAUUGAACAGCAGAUUCCAAUGUAAUCUUUGUGUAGAGAUGUCCCUGCUGUACUGAAAUGUGCUGUAGCAUACACAUCUACUCAUUGGAUGCUGCUUCUGUUCUGUUAACCCUACAGAGCAUGGUUGGGCCUUGCCUUUUGGUCUUUUAUUUGCAUGAAGUUACAUUAUUAUUACUAUUAUCACACAGUGCCACACAUACUAAUAUUUUCCAAUAAAGACUUCUAGUAUUUUUCCUAACCUUCAGUGUGCUUUUUGCUGAUUUCCAUGUGUGUGUAUUUCCUCCCCCCACGUGCCAUCACCGAGGCGGGUCCCUCUCCCCUCUAUAUCUCUGUGCUCCCAUCUCUCUGCUCUCUCGCGGAGGCACUUCAAGGUGCUGCUCUCUCCAGAGUCCCAAUCAUAGGAUUAGGGACCGCUAAAUCUCUCUGUCUUGCUGUGGAAAUACUGAGACAUGGGAGGCAUGGAUUAAUGUCUGAAUGAGGCAGUCACCCACCCACCCACCCACUCCCCAAUCAAUAUACAUUCCAUCUGUAUUUGACUAUUUUCAGCUGUGACACAUUGGUUGUGUACUGUAGUGAUAGUGAUAGUGAUAGCGGGCCAAAACCUCCUUUCAUCCCUUUUUCCGCCAGUCUCGGUUUUCGUGGAGUCUUUUUCUUUGUCGUAAUCAAGUUUCCGAAAGUGUUAUUAGGCAUUAUGACAAUGUCCCACACGCAACUGGGGAAUUUUCGCUUUGAAUCCUUUGCAAAAUAAUCAGUCUUGAAUUAGUGUCUUUCAGAAAAUGUCCGGGACGGGAGAUUUUGGAGUUUUGUUAGGAGGCUCGAUAUGCACCUUGAAGUCCCUCUGCAUGACACACAACAUAAAACACUGAUCAAAAUGCAAUGGAGGUCAUGCCGGUGUUGUUUACUAUGGUGUUGUUGAGUCUUGACAAACAUAACACCAGUCAUUCCAUGGCGAUUCCCUUACGUAGCUGUUAAACUGUUUUAAAAAAUAAAUUUAUAAUGCUUUAUAUAACUAUAUAUCUUAUAUCUCAAAUCUAGCAGGUUUACAUUGACAACAAUCCAUCGCCACAAACAAGUGAAAACAUGACCUUAACAUACAUGCACUUGGAUGCAUAACUUUCCCUUGGUUUAUUAUGGAAUGGCACAAUUGUUCAGGGGCACACUUUACCAGGCAUCAGCACAGCCAUGCUACCUCGUGCAGACACUUUCACCUGGGCGCCCCCCAGGCGCCCAUCUCAGCCGAGUUCCCCCUGGGUCAUGCCAGCCAGGCCCCACAGACUGGUCUGGCUCCUCACCUGCCCCCAACCCCACACCACCCUCCACCCCUGACCGCCCUGCCGGCCCCCCCUCAGUUCCAGGACAUCCCGGGGCCACAGUUCCUACCUCAGGCCUUACACCAGCAAUACCUCAUCCAGCAGCAGCUUCUGGAGGCGCAGCACCGCCGGAUCCUCCCUCACUCCAGACGAACACCGGAGCGCGUUCCUCUGAAUCCUCACAGGCUUCGCUCGGCGUACGACUACUCCCCUCCCCUCCACGUUCCCCAACCAAUCACCCAGCAGCCGCGCUACCUGGCCGAGGGCACAGACUGGGACCUCAGUGUGGAUGCUGGCCUCUCUCACCAUCAGUACCAGCUCCAGCAGCUUCCACAGCACUAUCAGCAUUACUUGGCAGCAUCCCCCAGAAUGCACCACUUUCCCAGGAACGCCACCUCGGCACAAGUGGUUGUGCAUGAUAUCAGAAACUACCCGUACCCCCAGCUCCACCUCCUGGCCCUGCAGGGCCUCAACCCCUCACGCCACGCUUCCGCCGUACGAGAGAGCUACGAGGAGCUGUUACAGCUUGAAGACCGGUUGGGGAGUGUCAGUAGGGGAGCGGUUCAGACCACCAUAGAGAGAUUCACCUUCCCACACAAAUACAAGAAGAGGAAGCCUCUGGAUAUGAAGAUUGGCAAGGAUGACGAGGAAACUGACGUGGACGAGAAAUGUACCAUUUGCCUGUCAAUGCUUGAGGAGGCAGAGGAUGUCAGGCGGUUACCCUGCAUGCACCUCUUCCACCAGGGCUGCGUGGACCAGUGGCUGGCGACCAGCAGGAAGUGUCCGAUCUGCCGCGUGGACAUUGAGACGCAGCUCAACCCAGACAGCUGAUGGCCCAGGGGCGGAGCCUGACGGACCGGCUACUGUCAAUCACCCUGGCGUGGUUCCUGCUCCCCCACACACAGUCCCGGCCCCUCCGUGUUUGGGUGCUUUGCCAAAUGUCUCCAGACGUCAUCACCUUCUCUGACUCACGCUUUACUGAGCCAACCCAGGAUUCCUUACUGUACCAUAGACUGGAGUCUCUCUCUCUCUCAAUAAAAGCACAUCCCCAGCAAAAAGACACGCACACACACACACACACACACACAUAUUAUAUAUGCACUCACAGGGUUCACUAGCUGCUUGCUGGAGGUGGGGUGUCGUUGCUGUUGUUUUAGGUAGGGGGGCAGGUGUGUGUCCUGUUUCCUGUGUCUUUGUAGCAUGUUCUUAAAGCCAUGACAUUAAUGUACUGAGUGAAAAACACACAACCCCACUGGCCAGGUGACCACACACACACACACACACACACACACACACACACACACACACACACACACACACAACUUGCUUAUUCUGCCACAACAGGAAGCUAAUCAACCCCUUAAAAGCCCUGUCGCCAUGUUUGCCUACUGAUCAUUUGUGGUAGAAUCGUAGACACAUCCGACACAGUGGUGUUUUCAAAGCCUUCUCGCUUUGUUAGGAGAAGGGGACUAACUGAGUGUUCAGAUCUCACCCAGCUUGUACUUUUUGCAAUACAGUAGUUGUAAAUUUGCUUGGGACUGAUGCUGCUGUCAGUGUCACGACAUAAUGACUAUUUCACUGCUGUCACGUCGGCCCGCCCCAGUGUGUGUUUGAGUGAAUGCACAAGCUCGUGAGUGUUUUACCAAAUGCAUUGUUCUGGUUUUGCUUGACCCACAGCAGCGCGGGUUAGCGUGCGUGUUCCGCCCCCAGUGUCUGGGUUUCAGUGUGUUUAACCAACGUGUGAGUGUGCGUGAUGAACUUGAAGUGCGGGCUCAAUUUUAUUUCAAGGUUAAAAGGGCAAUUUUAAAAAAGAAUGUCAAUGGGAGUGUAGAAUACAAAGCCAAAUAAGGACAAAAAAAAAA